CAGGUUUUACCUAGAUCCAUCGGCAUCGGCAUCGAGCGGCAAGCGAAUCGCAAUCGCACCUACUUCCUUCUCUACCUGUUAAGACGCAAGGAAGUCACACGACGUAAGAGGAUCCACAGGUCUAAGUGACCUAAAGCCAUUCGUCAAAAUGCCACAUCGAGUUGUAGACUUUUUUAGGUCUUCUAACGACAGCAUUCACAAUAUUAAGGCGUCGGUACAACGGAGGAGUAAUCCCAACUCUCGAUCAGCCUCCAGAGAACGGCCCACCGUAACUUCGGUGCUCGAAAGUGCCGCCGAUCACACUCAAUCCCUGAUUUCCGCCGCACCACCCGUGAAGAUGGCCGAACCUCCAAAGGAAAAACAUAAGGACUCUCAUAGCCACCAUCGCCUAAGUUUUCCGAGCUUGCAUCUUGGUGGAUCUAAGUCUUUAAAGGAGCCACCGCAAAAUCCCAAUGCAUCGUUAGACUGGAAGAUUGAGUCGCCACCGGUCGUCAUGCACGGCGAGCCGGAGAACAGCACAGGCGCCUUGAUUUCCGGCCAAUUAUUACUCGACGUCAAGGAGGAUGGGUUUGAAGUUGAAAAUUUCAGUGCCAGGUUAAACAUCCAUGUCAUACAGAAAAGGCCGUUUACAGGGCACUGCCAGCAAUGCUCGAAUCAAACGACAGAGCUCAAGUCUUGGACAUUCUUGAGCGAGCCAACGACUCUUUCUAAGCGUGUUCACGAGUUUCCUUUCUCUGUUCUCCUUGAUGGGCAUCUACCUGCGACAACGGACAAUGCGGUUGUCGCCAUUCGGUACGACUUCUUCGCCGAGGCUAUUCCCCGAACUGGGCCUACUGUCAAGCUCACGAAGAAUAUCGACGUAAAGCGAUCACUCCAAGUGCCGGAACUGCCCCACCACAGCAUUCGCAUAUUCCCCCCAACCAACAUCGCAGCUAGCGUGCACUUCACGCAAAUUGUACAUCCCAUUAGCACUAACACAUUCACCCUGCGCCUUGACGGUAUCGUCAAGCAUAACCCCGAUGUCAAGACUGUGGAGUAUUGGAAGCUAAAGCGGCUUUCGUGGAAGCUAGAAGAGAAUAUGGAGACCGUGGCGCCAGCAUGUGAGAAGCACGCGCCAAAGGAUCCAGAAACCGGCUUGCCAACGAAGAAGGGCUCGAAGCGCAGCGAUUCACGGAUAAUAGCUCAUGCGGACAUGCAUAGCGGCUGGAAGUCGGACUACUCUCCAUCUGGGAGCAUCGAGAUGGAAGUCCAGUACCAGAUUGCACCUAGUACGAAGACUGUGUGUGACAUGAAGAGCGAAGAUGGUACCCAAAUUACACACCAAUUGGUUGUAGAGAUGGUUGUUGUCCAAGAAUAUGCAUCCACUGCUCAUCCUAAACAUAUCACGCCUACUGGAGUGGCACGCAUAUUACGCAUGCACUUCGGUGUCGUGAUAACUGAGAGGGCAGGGUUAGGCGUUAGCUGGGACAACGAGGCACCUCCAAUCUACCAAGAUGUCCCGCCUUCGCCCCCUUCCUACUCAUGCGACAUACCUUAUGAGAGCAUCGAGAGCGUCGAAGAUUUGACACUAAGUCGACAGAGUCAGGAGAUUGGGAGCAGGGCCCAGAGCCCGGCAUACGAGGAGCGAGCACCGUCAAGUGCGGGAGCCGAUGAGGCCGCACGUUAGGAUCCGUCCGACCGCCGGCAUGGCAUGUUUAGACGAUGUUCGUUGUUGAAUAAGUUGCGGAAAAAGUAGUGUGGGUUUCAUUUGUCUUGCAAAAAAAAUAUUAUACCCCAUCAGCGAUGCUUCAACGGAUUGUCAGAGCUUUUUUUUGCAUUGGACGAGGAUAGAUAGAAAGGUGGAAUUCUGCCACCCACAGCCCACAGCGCAUGGCAUUGGCAUGGAGUUUAAGAGCCGCAGUCUAGACGGCAGUUAGACAUACCCAACAUGGUGCCGCAAAAGGCAGCAUGGUAAUCAAUAUAAUGAAAGAUAAUUCUCGAAAUGUACGUCAAUUCAAGUAAUCGUAAUAAUUAUUUCAUCGGUGAAUUUUAAUGCUCGGGUCAGUUAGUAAAUGUUGCCGAAUUAGUCGGUGUUCAUAUUCC